AUGAUGGGGUUUUUCCCGCGAAGAAGAAGCGCGCGUUUUUCUGGCGCCGGGGGAUAGAGCGAACUCGCUGGGAGCGCUCGGCUGUGAGGAGUUAGUGCGCGGCGUUUGAGGCGCUCGGAGGAGGCGAGCGGCUGCCGGCGGGUGUCCAGCCAUGCCUGCGGAGCAGCCCGCGAGCAGCAGCGGGCCCUUAGCCCCAGAAAUGGCUGAGCAGACGGAACCUGCCGUGAUUACUCCAGCCAUGCUGGAGGAGGAAGAACAGCUCGAGGCUGCGGGACUUGAAAGGGAGCGGAAGAUGUUGGAAGAGGCUCGAAUGUCUUGGGAUAGAGAGUCCACUGAAAUUCGGUACCGCAGACUUCAGCAUUUGCUUGAAAAAAGCAAUAUCUACUCAAAAUUUUUGUUGACUAAAAUGGAACAACAGCAGUUGGAGGAACAGAAGAAGAAAGAGAAGUUGGAGAAAAAAAAGCGAUCAUUAAAAGCUGUAGAGGGUAAAAAUUCAGUUGAUGCAAAUGAAGAGAAUCCAGUCAUGAAAAAGAAAAGAGGAAGAGAAGAAGAAUCGUACAAUAUUGCAGAGGUCAUAUCAAAAGAGGAAAUUUUAUCAGUGGCUAAAAAACAUAAGAACAAUGAGGAUGAAAGCUCUUCCACUACUAAUCUCUGUGUAGAAGAUCUUCAGAAAAAUAAGGAUUCGAAUAGUAUGAUUAAAGAUAGAUUGUCUCAAACGGUUAGGCAGAAUUCUAAAUCCUUUUUUGACCCAGUUCGGAAAUGUAACGGACAACCUGUACCUUUUCAACAACCAAAACACUUCACAGGAGGAGUGAUGAGGUGGUACCAAGUAGAAGGCAUGGAAUGGCUUAGGAUGCUUUGGGAAAAUGGAAUUAAUGGCAUUUUAGCAGAUGAAAUGGGUUUGGGAAAGACCGUUCAGUGCAUUGCUACAAUCGCAUUAAUGAUUCAGAGGGGAGUACCUGGACCUUUUCUUGUUUGUGGCCCUUUGUCUACACUUCCAAAUUGGAUGGCUGAAUUCAAAAGAUUUACUCCAGAGAUUCCUACUAUGUUGUAUCAUGGAACCCGGCAGGAACGUCGGAAAUUGGUAAAGAAUAUCCACAAAAGACAAGGGACCCUGCAGAUUCAUCCUGUGGUAAUCACAUCAUUUGAAAUAGCCAUGCGAGAUCAGAAUGCUUUACAGCAUUGCUAUUGGAAAUACUUAAUAGUAGAUGAAGGACACAGGAUUAAGAAUAUGAAGUGCCGGCUAAUCAGGGAGUUAAAACGGUUCAAUGCUGAUAACAAACUUCUUUUGACUGGUACUCCCUUGCAAAACAAUUUAUCAGAACUUUGGUCAUUGCUAAACUUUUUGUUGCCAGAUGUAUUUGAUGACUUGAAAAGCUUUGAGUCUUGGUUUGACAUCACUAGUCUUUCUGAAACUGCUGAAGAUAUUAUAGCUAAGGAGAGAGAACAGAAUGUUUUACAUAUGCUUCACCAGAUUUUAACUCCUUUUCUACUGAGAAGACUCAAGUCUGAUGUUGCUCUUGAAGUCCCUCCUAAGCGAGAAGUAGUUGUUUAUGCACCACUUUCCAACAAACAAGAGAUCUUCUAUACAGCUAUUGUGAACCGCACAAUUGCAAACAUGUUUGGCACUUGUGAGAAGGAAACCAUUGAGCUAAGUCCUACUGGAAGACCAAAACGGCGAAGUAGAAAAUCAAUAAAUUACAGGGAACAAGAUGAAUUCCCUAAUGAAUUAGAAAGACUAAUAAGUCAAAUACAGCCAGAUAUAAACAGAGAAAGGACUAUUGUUGAUGUUAAUAUCCCUAAAGAAUCUGAAGUUAAUUUGAAACUACAGAACAUAAUGAUGCUACUUCGUAAAUGCUGCAAUCAUCCAUAUCUGAUUGAAUACCCUAUUGACCCUGUCACACAAGAGUUUAAGAUUGAUGAAGAAUUGGUAACAAAUUCUGGGAAGUUCUUAGUUUUGGAUCGAAUGCUGCCAGAACUGAAAAAAAGAGGUCACAAGGUGCUGGUUUUUUCACAAAUGACAAGCAUGUUGGACAUCUUGAUGGAUUAUUGUCAUCUUAGAAACUUCACAUUUAGCAGACUUGAUGGGUCCAUGUCUUAUUCAGGAAGAGAAAAAAAUAUAUACAGUUUCAACACGGAUCCAGAUGUUUUCCUUUUCUUAGUGAGUACACGAGCUGGUGGCUUAGGCAUUAAUUUGACUGCAGCGGAUACGGUUAUCAUUUAUGACAGUGAUUGGAAUCCCCAGUCUGAUCUCCAGGCCCAAGAUAGAUGUCAUAGAAUUGGUCAGACAAAGCCAGUUGUUGUAUAUCGCCUUGUAACAGCUAAUACUAUUGAUCAGAAAAUUGUGGAAAGAGCAGCUGCUAAAAGAAAACUGGAGAAGCUUAUCAUCCAUAAAAAUCAUUUCAAAGGUGGUCAGUCUGGAUUAAGUCAAUCUAAGAAUUUCUUAGAUCCUAAGGAAUUAAUGGAGUUAUUAAAAUCUAGAGAUUAUGAAAGGGAAGUAAAAGGAUCAAGAGAGAAGGUCAUUAGUGAUGAAGACCUAGAGUUGUUAUUAGAUCGAAGUGAUCUCAUUGAUCAAAUGAAGGCCUCAAGACCAAUUAAAGAGAAAACAGGGAUAUUCAAGAUACUAGAAAAUUCCGAAGAUUCCAGUGCUGAAUGUUUGUUUUAAAGCAGAGUGAAAUGGCUUAUAAAAACUUUUGUUUACAUCCAUUCUGGUAACUUGCCUACUGGCUUUGAAAUCUGGAUUGUUCACUUUACUUUUUGGAUUAUAUCAGUUUAUAUAAUGUAACUAGUAUUGUUAUAUACUUGGAAUGAUAAUUUUCUGAGAUUUAUUAAGUACGAAAUUCCUAUUAAAUUUAGUUUUAUCAGUUAGUGUUUGGGACUAGGUUGUACUUUUGAGUAUUGUCUUUGAAUAUUGUCUAAUAUGUACUUAACCAUUGGCAAGUUUAUACAGUCUUCCUGUGGAAGUUUAGUGUCUCCCCUCAACCCCUUUAGUGAUAUAAUUCAUGGGAUUUGGACUUCAGUUAUGGAGCAAGGUUUUGAUGGGGGAGAUUGAUUAAAAUUGUACUUUUUUUUACUAAAUUUUUUUUAAUUUAUUUUACAUAGCAACCACAGUUUCCCAAAAAUUGUACUUUAUAUUGCUGAAGAAAAUUGUUUGAGUUUUGAGUCAGUAAGAUGACUUACCAAAUAAAUGUUUAUUAUAAUAUGA